AGAGGUCGUGGCUGAGCCCAAAAAUGGACCCUCCAAUGAGAGCGCGGCAUUUUUUUUAACCCUCUGGAAGUGGCCCCAUACAAACGCACUGGAGAAAAAAAAAUAUAAGGGAAGAUCUUAGGAAAAGCCUACAACUCACAGCUGAACCACCCACCACUUUUUUUUACAAUGCUUCGCCAAUCAUUCGCCAGAGCUGUCCGUUUCAACUCUACCGUGGCCAAGGCUGCCCCAAAGCCAUUGUCCAACGCAUACGUCAACAAAUUGGAGACCAGAUGGGAGAAGUUGCCAAAGGAAGAUCAGACCGCCUUGAUAGACGAAUUGAAGGCUAGAAUGGAGUUGCCAUGGCAGGAGUUGACCGCCGCCGAGAAGAAGGCUGCUUACUACAUUUCUUUCGGUGAGUGGGGCCCAAGAAAGCCAUUGUACGCUCCUGGUGACAAGUCCAAGAUCUUCUGGGGUACCGUGGCUGGUUUGGUUGCCGGUGUUGGAUUGUUCGCUGUUAUCCGUUCGUUCGCUCCUGCUCCACCAGAAACUUUGGAGAGAGAAUGGCAAGAGAAGACCGACGAGUACUUGAAGUCCAAGAACGCCAACCCAUUCACUGGUUACUCUCAAAUCCAGUAA